GUGAUCAGUUGGUAAAAGUAUAUCGUUGCGUACGGAUAGUUUUAGUUGAGCCAUAAUUGUUGGUGCACUUUGCCUAGCGCAAUUAAAAACGUAAAACAAACAAAAAAAUAACGUAUUUCAGUGAUUUAAAAUUAACAAUUUUAAAUUCGCCAGUUUUAAUUUUGCCCUACAAAAAGGAAAAUCGGUGUUUGUCGUGAGAAUGUCGGUGCUACGUACCAUGAUUUUGUUGGCUUUGGGUGCCACCAUGACUUUGGCUCAAAGACGUUUAGCUUUACCGGAUCCCAGGAGUUGUGCCAACCGAGUUCGACAUGCCUCGUACCGUGAUGCUCGUGGAGUCUCCCAUUCAUACUUCUUCAGUUGGGAACAUGCUCCUACACGCAGUCUUGAAGUCGAUUGGUUGGAUGCCCGCAACAUUUGCCGUCGCCACUGUAUGGAUGCCGUCUCUCUGGAGACACCGCAAGAGAAUGAAUUCAUCAAACAACGCAUAGCCCGCGGAAAUGUACGUUACAUUUGGACCUCGGGCCGUAAAUGCAACUUUGCUGGCUGUGAUCGUCCCGAUUUGCAACCCCCCAAUGAGAACGGUUGGUUCUGGUCUGGUUCGGGAGCCAAAAUCGGACCCACCUCUCAACGCAACACUGGCGAUUGGUCCUCCACCGGUGGCUACAAUCAACCUCAGCCCGAUAACCGUGAAGCGGCCCAGGGUAACGAUGAAUCUUGCCUCUCCAUUUUGAAUAAUUUCUACAAUGAUGGUCUCAAAUGGCACGAUGUGGCCUGUCAUCAUCUCAAGCCAUUCGUGUGUGAAGAUUCUGAUGAACUUUUGAAUUUUGUACGCUCUCGCAAUCCUGGUCUACGCCUUUAAACGAAUAUACAAACAGAGCCCUUAAUUGCUGCAAUGCUUUUGAAGGCAAAACCCACCCACGCCUGAAGGAUCUUCCCAAUCCCCUUUAAACCGAUAUGAUCUGAUCUGCUUUCGCUUAAUUGUUGCAUGUAUUAUAAUUAUUGUGUAUGUUUUCUAUGGGAAAAAAUCCAAUAAUUGUUAAGUGUCUGUCUGCAUGUCUUCCUCUCGCCUAUCGCAUAGCAAGCGAGAGCCUCAAAUUAUAUAUCAAAAAACAUUAAUUUUAAGUUUAAUGCUAAAAAAAAAAAACAAAAAUUAAUUUAUGCCCUUCCCCCCCUUAAAACAAAAAAGUAAACAUAAUCUGUUAUUGUUUAAUUCCAUGUUUU